UCUCCACUCGAUAUGCACCUAGAUACUAUCAGUAUGAUUUUCACAUAGGAUUUUUUCUAAAACAUUUUGUACGAAAGGUGUGUGAAAUUUGAACGAUAUUUACUGUUAAACAAUAUCUGUUAGAAUAGUUGUUGAAUUUGAUCUUGCAAUUCAUUUCACAACAUCAUACAACCUAUGUUGUAACGCCGCAUACAAAUAUUGAUUGAAAUUUCAUUGAAAGUUCGAAACCAUGACUAGAGAAAUGAGUGCUAAAGAGAUACUUAAUGAUUUUAAAGAGAAUUAUAUUAAAUUCCGGAAGCUACUUGACGAAGACAGCAAGAAUGAUCCUGAAAAUGCACCAUAUUUUUCUAAGUACAAAGCUAAAGAAAUAUUGAAUAAUAUGUAUGUUUUUUUAAAGACCUUAAAGACUGAAGGUUCCCCUGUCGAUGAUACCAAACUCGAUGCUAUGAUCGGAUAUGUUUUGUUGAACAUUGGUAUAGUAGAAAUGGAUACAGAGGAACCUACAGCUAGUGAAAAGAGUCUCAAUGAAGCUGUUGAUCUCCUUCUGGAAAAUGCUCUAAAACCCGAAAUAGUUGUGACACUUAUUAAUGUCUACAACAAUAUUGGAAUCUUAUGGUCCAACAGAGAUGACCCUGAAAAAGCAAAAGCUUCAUUGGUUAAGGGAAAAACUUUGUAUGAGGACUUUAAGUGUACUCUACAGAUGCCAUUACCUAUAGAAGUCAUUAUAAAUUAUGUUGGGGAAACUUUGAUAGAUGAUUUUAUGUAUUUGGAAAAAUCUUAUACUUUGACCUUGUAUUAUUUAGCUCAGGUGUUUGGUGUGUUAAAGGAGAACUUGAAAUCAGCAAUAUAUUGUCAUGUAACAUUAAGGAGACAGCUGGAAUAUAAUGAUUAUGAACCUAUUGACUGGGCAUUGAAUUCAGCUACAUUGUCACAGUUCUUUGCUGAGCAAAAUGGGUUUUACCAGUCAAGGAAUCAUUUAGCAGCUGCAUCAACAAUCCUUGAUCAAUAUAAGCAACUGUUGGAGGCUGCAGUUGAUCAAGAUGAAGAAUACUUAGCAAAACUAGAGACUUUUAAACAUAGGUCUGCAGAUGUUGCUAGGUGCUGGGCCAAAUACUGUCUUUUAUUGAUGAUAGCUUCAAAAACUAGGCUACUGGAUGAUGAUGAAAAACUAUCAGAGUCUAUUACAGAUAUGUCAAACCUCAGCUUAGAAGACACUGAAAACAUUUGUGAAGGUAAUCUUAAGAAACUGACUUUUCCGAAUCUCGAUGUUACAAAAUAUGAAAGCAAAAUAGGAGAUAAGUUCCUCCUGACUUAUGAAGAUGCUAGAGCAAUUUUUUUAAGUUGCCAAAACUGGUUGAACCAGGCCAAGGAGUAUUAUAAACUAGAAACGUUGGCUUCAGAUUAUAUAGAACUUAUUUUAGAUAGCUCUCAGGCAUACAAUAAUCUAGCAUUUUUUGAGGAUAAUGAUGAUCGUAGGGCUAAAAUGUUGAAGAGGCGAAUUGAUAUGCUUGAAAACUUAUUGAAUGAAAUAAAUCCUACAUAUUAUUUACAAUACUGUAGACAGAUUUGGUACGAACUCGGUGUUGUUUACACAGACAUUUUGAACAUAAAAAUAGAUAAAUGGCCCAAGAGCGAAGUGACAGUUCAAGCAAGAAAAAAAAUUGAUUUGCUAUGCGAUAAAAGUAUUGAAAGUUACACCAACUUUAUUAAUUCGAUAAACGAUAAAAAUGGGAAAGUACCUGCAAAAAUUGACCAGGAAUUAAUAAGACCUCUGAUAAAUGCUCUUGUUGCAGUCGGUAGGAACAGUAUGAAACGCAUGGCUGUAAAUAAAAUAAACCAAUUGUGCCAUGUUCAGAAAAGCCUUGAUUCAUACCAAACUGUUGUGGACAUCUGUGAUACACACGAAGAAGUUGCAGUGAUGUUCACUGAAGAGUAUAAGUUAUGCCAAGAAAUGUGUCAGAUUUUACCUUUAAAAAUCAAGAAGUUGCAAACUGAAAUUGCUGGAUAGAAGAAUUAGUUGAAACUAAAGAGUUUUAUGAAUUAUUGUAUGGUUAUUAAUAAGACUUGCUUUGCUUCAUAUUUAAAAUAUAAAAGUAAAAAUCAAUUUAUAUUUGCAAAAGUAAACAUUCAUUAUUUUAUUAAGUAAAUGUUUUAUGAUCUCGAUUAUAUUACAUAUUCAUAAACUAUGUAAUCAUACCUGGCCAGGCUUUGGUUUGGCUUUGUUUGAAAUUAAUAACUUCCAAAUUAAAUAGAUUUUGUCACAAUUAAAUGGGUUUUUAGUAUAAUCAUGCUCGAAAAACGAGCUCUUUCUGAAAUUAAAAUUGCCUAUGUUACUCCUUGAAACGUCGGCUAUGUCCGUUAGUUAAAGCUCGUUCUGUGUGUUAAGUGCGAGAUUUUUAAC